UUCUGUCAUUCAACAAACAAACAAACCCCACUUCUUACUCUCCUCACUUUUGGGACUCGCCGUUCUCUCUCCUCUCUCUCUCAUCCCCCUCUUUUUUCCCUCUUUUAUUUCCCCCCAAUUUUUUUGCCACGCCCAAAUAAAAAAAUAAAAACCCUAGCUUUUCUCUUUCCUCUUCCGUUUCGUCUCUUCAUUAAUUCAUCGUCAAGGAGUGUGCUUGAGGAAAAAUAGGUAUGGAGGAGGCCGAGCCGAACAAGCUGUUCGUUGGGGGUAUUUCAUGGGAAACCACUGACGAUAUUCUGAAAGAGCAUUUCGCUGAAUACGGCGUCGUUUUGGGCUCUGUGAUUGCUGUCGAUCGGCAUACCGGUAAACCUAGGGGAUUUGCGUUUGUUACCUUCUCUGAAUCUUCUGCCGUUGAUCGUGCCCUUCAAAAUCCCCAUAUCAUUCUUAGUAGAACGGUGGAGGUGAAAAGGGCUAUUCCGAGGAACGAGCAGCAAAAUCAACAACGGGGAUUGAUUACGAACAACACUAGGAGUAACAUUAGUAGCAGCGAAAGUUUUAGGACAAAGAAGAUAUUCGUAGGUGGUUUAUCAGCUAAUUUGACCGACGACGAAUUCAGAACUUACUUCGGAAAAUUCGGCAGAAUCACCGAUGUGGUUGUCAUGCACGAUAACAUGACCCAUAGGCCAAGAGGGUUUGGUUUUAUUACAUUCGACUCUGAGGAAUCUGUCGAGGAAGUUAUGCGCAAGAACUUUCACGAGUUGACCGGGAAACUCGUGGAGGUCAAAAGGGCUGUACCAAAAGACAGUGCUAUGGGUAGUGGCAACAAUAGUAAUAAUGCAAGAGGUCAUAACUUAAACAACUCUUAUAACCAAGGAAGCUAUUUACCAAGUGUAGGGUACUACCCCACCACGUAUGGCAAUGUUGUAAAUUAUUCAUAUGGAGCUGGAAUUUACGGUGGGGGUGGGGGGUACCCUUUUGGAGGUUACGGCCCAAUUGGUUAUGGGUCUGCGCCGAUUGCUCCGAGGGGGCCUUGGCCCCCUGCAAUGGUUGGUUUUAGGGGGGGUUUCUUCCCUUACAGCGGAGGUGUUGCCCCUAUGUAUCCUACUUUUGUAAAUGGUGCUGCACAUGGACCGAUGGGUUUUGGAGGAAAUGGAUAUAGUGGAAUCUUGAAAUCGGGAGGUGAGUUGACUCAUCCUCAGAAUGGUGGUGGUGCAAAUAUGCAGAUGUGAAUUUUUUUUUUGUCGGCGGCAAAAAGAAUUGAUGACAAGCGUUACUAAUUGGGAAGCUGACUAGAUGGGAUCUUGGUUGUGGAUAAUUAACCGGUUAGAAAUCGUCCCGCUGACGUGGCUGGGUAUUUAUUGUUUCAUGUUGGUUUUUUACUUGCUUUGGAUGUGUUUCUAAUUCGUACAAAGAUUUGGUGUGUUUUUCUUUUAUUUAUGGUCAGAAAUUCGUGGAUUCGUGGUUUGUUUAUUGUAAUAUAAUUUAAUUUUUUUUUCCUUCUCUAA